ACAAAACUUUGAGCGACGCCCAGCUUGUCCUCGACGGGUUCGCUGCUCGUCAUGAUCUAGCCGACUUGCCUCAUCUCUCCUCGCAUCGCUCAGAACUAUCAACACUACGUCAGACUUGUCCUCACAGCGGUCGUCAGGCGUCAUGUCGGCAGCAACACGCAAAGCAAAAGCGGGAGCCCAGGCCAAAGCGAAAGCCAAACUAAAAGCCCAACAUUUAGAAGCACAGACAGCCGACGACAGCCCGGACGAGGAGCUCUUGUUCGGCGAAUCAGAGCGAAUCAACCUCCUCGGCGCGCUCGCGACGCUCGUUUUGCCCGACUUCAAGGAUGCAGACCCGGACCGCCGAGUGCCGUUCAUGUUCGACGCAGACGAGUUUGUUCGCUUCAAAGAGCGAUAUCACAUCGACGACUUGCCUUGCUCUCACGUCAGAGCGCAUUUCGAUGCGCGUGUGGCCGUUUGCAGCAAGCUCUUGCUCUUCAUCCACCUCGGCGUCAUGCGACAGGCCGAGAUCGAGUAUCAGCAUGAUCGUGGUCAUCGUGCGAUAUCCCUGCGAGACAUUGCAAGUACGAUCAUCAGACAAGCAGGUUUGCUCGUCGAAGCGCGCAUCACGCUAUACGCCAACAAAUACCAGGAGAGUCUGUACCAGCGUGAGCAAAUCUUUAUCGUCAGCUUGACUGUCGUAGUCUGCAAAUGCUGCAAUAGCGGACCAGCCAUCCUGGGUGCAAUGACCGUUCGAGCCUUUCGUGAUGCUCAGAUCGUCAAACGUGCGGACAUCAUUGCUCUCGGACAAUCUGAUUUGGCCAUCAAUACGUGCGGACCGGAGGAAUUUGCCGUGGAACAUUCGUUAGAGACGCAUGGGAAGCAGCUCGUCGUGGCAAUCAUUGCCGAGGUGGAGGAUCAGGCGGGCAGAGUGCCAUUCUUGCGCACUCGGCGAAUCUCGCGUCAUCGUCAUCCAGCUAUGGCAAAUGACGGGCUCAACGUAUAAUCAGCCAGGAGAGUCUCGACUGAACGGAAGUACGGAUGUUGUCGUAUGACAAGGCAUAAAUUUGGUCAUCCUUUGGCUGCAGAAAUAGCAACAACAACAUUUCCGAUGAGUCGCAGUCUGCGGCAUUUUGGGGUCAGCGCUGAUCCGGUGAGUGUUCGUGGG